AAUUAUAAAUAGAAUGAUGAAGUGAGAGUAGAGUGAGUGGUAUUGAGAAGUAGAGAUAGCUUGAGAGGAGAUAAGAUAAGUUGAGGCCUAAGGCUACCAGUGUUUUGUUUUUAAGAGCUCACAGUUCACAUUCUCACUCCACUUGAACAUAACAUUAACAUACAAUGGCCUCAGCAUCCUUUCUCAAGUCCUCCACUAUUCUUGACAAGUCUGAGUGGGUGAAGGGCCAGACCCUCCGCCAGCCUUCAGUCUCUGUCGUCCGCUGCCACCCCACAGCUGCCUCCGCCAUAAACAUUAGAGCUUCCUAUGCCGAUGAGCUUGUUAAGACCGCGAAAACUAUUGCAUCACCGGGGCGUGGAAUUUUGGCCAUGGAUGAGUCGAAUGCCACAUGUGGAAAGAGGUUAGCCUCGAUUGGGCUGGAGAACACUGAGGCCAACCGCCAAGCAUACCGUACCCUCCUUGUCUCGGUUCCUGGGCUUGGUAACUACGUCUCUGGUGCUAUCCUGUUUGAGGAAACUCUUUACCAAUCAACAGUUGAUGGGAAGAAAAUUGUUGAUGUUCUUAAGGAGCAGAACAUUGUUCCCGGUAUCAAAACUGACAAGGGUUUGGUGCCCCUAGCUGGUUCAAAUGAUGAAUCCUGGUGCCAAGGUCUUGAUGGCCUUGCUUCACGCUCUGCUGCUUACUAUCAACAGGGGGCUCGUUUUGCCAAAUGGCGUACUGUUGUAAGCAUUCCCAAUGGCCCAUCUGCCUUGGCAGUCAAAGAAGCUGCUUGGGGCCUUGCUCGCUAUGCUGCAAUCUCCCAGGAUAAUGGAUUGGUGCCAAUAGUAGAGCCAGAAAUCUUGCUUGACGGUGAACAUGGCAUUGAAAGGACUUUUGAAGUCGCUCAAGCAGUUUGGGCUGAAGUCUUCUUCUAUCUUUCCCAGAACAAUGUCCUAUACGAGGGAAUUCUCCUCAAGCCAAGCAUGGUUACCCCUGGUGCAGAAUGCAAGGAAAGAGCCACUCCUGAAGAAGUUGCUGGCUACACUUUGAAGCUCCUCAACAGAAGAAUCCCUCCAGCUGUCCCUGGAAUAAUGUUUUUGUCCGGAGGACAAUCUGAAGUUGAAGCCACACUCAACUUGAAUGCAAUGAACCAAUCUCCGAACCCAUGGCACGUGUCUUUCUCCUACGCCAGGGCUCUUCAGAACACCUGUCUGAAGACAUGGGGAGGACUACCAGAGAACGUGGCUGCAGCUCAAGAGGCAUUGCUUGUGAGGGCCAAGGCUAACUCUCUUGCUCAACUUGGAAAGUACACUGGUGAAGGUGAGUCAGAGGAAGCAAAGAAGGGCAUGUUUGUCAAGGGCUAUGUGUACUGAUCAUCUAAUAUCCCUUAGUACCCAAGAGCAUUGAAGAAAGCCAAUCCAUGAAGAAGAUAAUUCAAUUAUAUAGUUGUGAAAACUGUUUUUGUUUUAUGACAUGAAUUCAGUCACUUUAUAAAUUAAAACUUCAUGUUAAUGAGAUUA